CUAACUUGGAAACUCAUGCAGAAAUCUUCAACUCCCAUUUGUCGAAAUGCAGGAUUGAAGCAAGCUGCUCUGGCAUGAAUAAAUGUAAAGAUCCCCCGACAGAAAUGCACGCGAAUAAUCAGCAAAAUCACGAUUCUGACUGUGGAACUGAUGUCGCGCGGGCACGGUGGGCACUUCUGCGACAGGUUCUGAAACAGAAGCAGUUGGACAGUUCUGAUGUUCAGCAGGUGUCAGUGCGAAGAUUCUCCUCCUUUGACCUGUUCUCCAGAAGCAGGGUCAAUCCCACAGACACAGAUGACCCAUCUGACGAGCAGUGGGUGGAGUACAAAAGUGCCAUCUUUCCCCAGUACAGUGCCUUACUUAGAGACAAUCUUGGCCCCAUUAGAGUGGAUGAGGUGCUCAACAGCUUUGACAACACAGGAAAUGUCUGUGUUUGGCCCUCUGAAGAGGUGAUGGCCUACUAUUGCCUGAAGAAACGUCACAUGUUUACGGGCUCCUCGGUGUGUGAACUGGGUGGAGGGAUGACAUGUCUUGCUGGGCUUAUGAUUGCGGUUUGUGCUGAUGUCAAGGAAGUGCUGCUAUCUGAUGGGAACGAGAAGGCAAUUCAAAAUGUGCACAGUGUAAUAGAGAGGAACAGACAAGAUGGGCUUUUCCUCUCUGCCAACGUGUCCAGCAGGGUGUUGAGAUGGGACAAUGAGGCUGAUGUGUCUGCUCUGGAGGGUCGCUUUGACGUGGUGAUGUGCGCUGACUGCCUGUUUCUUGACCAGUACAGAGCCAGUCUGGUUGAUGCACUAAGAAGAUUACUGCGACCUGAUGGAACAGCUCUAGUAUUUGCCCCUACUAGGGGAGACACACUGGCAGAGUUCUGCAGACUGGCAGAGAGAGCAGGCCUGUGUGUGUGUCGUUAUGAAAACUACGACUCGCAUCUGUGGGACCUACACCUGAAGAUGCAGACAGAGGGCAAGGAGGUGUAUGAUAGAAACAUCCACUAUCCUCUCCUCCUCACCCUCACCCAUGGGUCUAGUCCAGCCCUGAUCUGAGCUGGGCAAAACCAUCUCCUGCCAGGCUGCCUUCCUGCACCGCCACCCCCUGUGUCCCUGUCCGGCUGGCCUAAAAUGGGCCCUCCUCAAUUCUGAUAACUUUUUUAACUACUGAGUUCAAUGAGUGUGUGUGAAAACAGAGUGUGUAGGUGUGUGUUUGAGUUGCCGUGCGUGUGCUUGACCCGUUUACUGUGCAAUACAAGUGUGAAAUGUGCUAAACAGAGAGGUGGAGAACACAUCACUCCCUCUCAUCCUACCAGUACUUCAAACGUUGCAGAUGCAAAGAUCAGACAUGAAAUCAUUCGAUACCCUGUGAGGAUGCAUGAUAUCAGAGAAUGGUGUUUCAGGGCAGAACAUUGUGAGAUCAUUAAAGGGACAGUUCAUCUAAAAAUGUAAAUUCUGUCAUAAUUUACUCUUCCUCAUAUUUUUUUCAAAAGCAUUUGGCUCUGUUCCAUGAUGACAGAAUUUUCAUUUUUGGGUGGACUAUUCCUUUAAGUUCAUGAUUUUGACUCUGGAGGUUAGUAUAGCUAAUCAGGUUUGCCUGACUAUCUAUGCUUCUUCACAAAGACAUAAAUGAGACUGUAGUGUGGUCUCGAUCAUAUGAUACCAGCUAUCAGUUCACUACUACGUUCUGAUUCUUUAUCUAUACACUCAAAGGUUAAUUUUGGCACCAAAGGUUUCAAGUGUUUUCAAGUGGUUGAGAUGCUGCUGCGCUGAAUGUUAUUCGCUUCACUGUGAAAUGCUCUCAGUUCUUAUUUUUAUCAAAGUAAUGACAAGAUAUGUUAAACUAGAAAAGACUAAGAAUUAAUUUCUUCAUUGUUUCAAACGACCAACAGUAAGACCUGCAGCACUGUUCUCCACCACCUUGAGUUCUGCAAUGUGCACUCACUGUGCAAGCUGGACCUGGCCUCAUUUAAGGGAUAGUUCACCCAAAAUGACAAUUCUGUCAUCAUUUACUCACCCUAAUGUCUUUCCAAACCUGUCUUACUUUUUUUGUACGAGUUAUUUAUAGCAGAAUGUCCAAGCUUGAUCUUGCUCUUUUCCACACAAUGCAUGGGAAUGAUGUCCACGGCUGUCAUGCCAGAUUUUUAAAGCAUAAGUUUGAGUGAAUAACGACUUAAAUUACAAGUUAUCAUAUGGCUUAAAAAUAAUUUACAGAAUAUAGUUCCAAAUUUAACGGAGUACUUUUAUGAUACAAAUGGUGAAUUUUUUUUUACUUUUUGGUGGUCGACAGCCUCUGGUCCCCAUCCAGUUUCAUGCUAUGGAACAUUCUAACUUCUCCUUUUGUGUUCCACAGAAAAAGUGAUAUGUUUGGAAUUACAAUUAGUAAAUUAUGAGAGUUAACUUUCCCAUUAAGUACAUUACAUUUUUUUGAUUAUUUGAAAAAAAUUAUACAAAAUAAAAAUGAUUUUUUUAUGUAUGUAUGUGUGUGUGUGUGUGUGUGUGUGUGUGUGUGUGUGUGUGUGUGUGUGUGUGUGUGUGUGUGUGAGAGAGACGAAGAGGAGGGCGUGGCCCGGCCGUAACGAUGGACACCCAGCGCUGAAUCAGCCCGGAGAGGGAUAAAGAGGAGCCUGGGACACCAGUUAGAGAGAGAGAGAGAGAGAGAGAGAGAGAGAGACGCACGCAGCAGUCUUGUGUGUUAUAAGUUUAGUUGACUGCUCAGCCGGAUCCUGGCUCCUCCUUGCCCAUCGUGUGAAUCCUUUACAUUGGUGCCGAAACCCAGGAAGGCAUGUAACAGGGUUCAAGAUGGGCAAGGAGAAGGCGAGAAUCAGCUGAGCAGUCAACGUAAACUUUUAAUAAACAAAUGUUCAUAGCACAAAAUAAAACUGCUUUUCUCUCCAGAACUGGCGUGCAUCCCUGGCUCCUCUUUAUCCCUCUCCCGGCUGAUUGGGCUGAUUCAGCGCCAGGCAUCCAAUGUUACGGCCCAGUCACACCCUCCUCCUCCUCGUCACAAUAUAUUAACCCAGGGCUGUCCUAAAUUUUAAACCACUUUCACUUUUGUUUUCUUCUGGUAUCGAGCUGGUGAUGCCUCAUUCAGAGCUCUUUGUUUUCAUUGUGAAUUGUUCAGGGCUGUGUGCUUCUGCACUGUGAUUACGUUUGUACAAAACACAGAUGAGUCCAAAGUGAUUGUUUCACACUGACACUG